AGGCUACGUCUGCAUCAUCACCAACGUAGCCUCAAAAUGAGGAAAAACCACUGUAAACUACACUCAGCUUGUCGACCUGCACGCCCGAUACGCUGAGAGAGGUUUACGCAUCCUGGCCUUUCCCUGCAACCAGUUUGGAAAGCAGGAGCCUGGGGACAACGCUCAGAUCAAGGCAUUUGCUGAAAACUACGGUGUGAAGUUUGACAUGUACAGCAAGGUGGAUGUCAAUGGGGACGAUGCUCACCCUCUCUGGAAGUGGAUGAAGGAGCAGCCCAAAGGGAGAGGCACCCUGGGCAACGCAAUAAAAUGGAACUUCUCUAAGUUCCUCAUUAACCGGGAGGGUCAAGUGGUGAAGAGGUACAGCCCCAUGGAGGAUCCCUACGUGAUCGAGAAGGACCUGCCCUCCUACCUGUAG